CCGGAACAAAAAGCCAAAAUUCGACGCUGAUUGGCUGUUAAUGAGCGCACAUGUCGCUGAUUGGUCCUUUAAACACCACGAACCUGCUUCUUAUUUACGGACAGAAGUGAGUCUUCCUCUUUCUGUUUCUGCUAACACGGAUAAAACUGUAAACAUGGCGGCAGAGAGAUGUCCAUUUGAGCAGACUUAUUCUUUUAGUCCUCUUCCUACUAAGAAGUUUUCUUUCCUGCAGGACAAAGACACGUUGGCUCUGUUAAUGAAAUGGUCCAUGCUGGGGAGGAUUUCCACUCAGUGCUACAGUUUUGACCACAGCUUCUCCUCCUACAACAGUGACAAGUUUGCACUGAGUUUCUUCAGAGAUCCUGACGUCGUCUCCAGUCUGAGGAAGAUGAAAGUCGGAGGCCAGGUGCCUCUUGAGAAGCCGGUGGUGUCGGUCAGCGUGGAGUCUGUUCCCUGCACUCAGGUCUCCAUGGAGCUGUUUGAUCCAAUCUACUCCUGCGGCGUCGUGAGGCCCUCUGGACAAGUAGUUAAAUGCUUUCAUGAUGUUCACCCCGACUAUGACGAACUCAGACAGAUGUUACAGGAGGAGGACUCGGAGCACUACUACGUGUUCGGGAGAGAGCAGCGAGCAGAGUUUCUGUUCAGGGUCUUCAAGCACCUGUGUGUUGGUGGAGAACUCUGUCAGCAUGAAGACACCAUCGAUCCGUACAUCAGCACCACCAAGCAGAUGUACAAAGAUCUGAUCAGGAUGAAUCUGGGCCUUGUUACCCGACACGAGAGGAGGAUCAGACAUUCGCCUAUUUGAUUGUGGACCCUUUCAGGCGACACGUGACUUUGUUCUCCCACUUCUACGGCGUCGGGAACUUUGCAUUUUGAACUUUGCCUCAUAAGAACAGGCCAGCUGGACAGAAGAGGAUCCUGAACUUAAUGAAUGAGCUCAUACUACAGCGAGUUGUUCUCCAUCGUCAGAUUUUGUUUCACGAGUGGAGACCAGUCAGCUGUAGUGAACACGAGAACACAGUGCAGCUCACAUCCCAGAUUUGGUUCACAAAGUAGAAGAAAUGUGAAUUUUGUCUUGUCGAAGUAUGUCAGUAAAAUGUUUUGAAGCUGUCUGAAAAAUA